AUGUCUCACUACACCUCUUUUGGCGUACCAUUCUCUGGCGGACAAGGACCUUCACGCGGAGGUAGACGCGGUGGCUUGGCUUUUAGAUCUGGCCGAGUACAGAAUGGCAGUCGUGCGGAGAGAAUCCCCAAAGUGGCCGUGAAGUGGGACAUCGAGCUAUCCGCAGCUACCACUGCACCUGCUGCUGGCGAGUCAUACAUGGAGUAAGACUUCCUUCUGUAUCAGAUGUAACUCUGAAGUGCUGACCGUGAAUAGCAAAUUGGGUACGGAGAUGGUUGAUAUUUAUGUUGGCCCUGAGAAGAAGCUGUUCCGCAUCCACAAGAAGCCGCUCUGCGAGCGCAUCCCGCACUUCAAGCGAACCUUUGAGGGCGAGUUCAAGGAGGCAGAUGAAGGUGUUUCUAUCCUAGAGGACGUCAACGCUGAUGCUUUUGAUGUAAGCCCCAUACCCCUUCGCUACUACUUUGGGUGCUGUCGGUCCUAACUGCUUUCUACGUAGAAAUUGAUUGACAUGGUCGUCUACCAUGGAAACAUCAAGAGUCUUGGUGCAGAGUCCGCAAUGGCUUAUGAUCCUGUUGAGCUAUACGUCCUUGCCGAUCGCUAUCUUGUUCCAAAAGUGUGCGACCGAAUCAUGGACCGACUUAUUGAGUGAGAACACCCCUUAUUUGCGUCGCUUUUCGUGAAUGAUACUAGGAUAUCAUCCUCUCUUUGUCUUCUCGCUUCUUACAGCUCUCCCAAAUUGUUAAAUCUAAUUCACAGAACACAAGGCUAACUCCUCCUUUUACUAGACGUCACCAAAGAUGCAAGGAGUUGCCAUCCGUCGAAUUCGCUAAAUCUGUCUACACAAAGACUCCACACGGUUGCAAAUUGCGGGAAUACUGUCUGCUUGCCAUGAAAUUCGUCUACUGCCCCAAAGCCAAACUCGCAGGAUAUGAAGCAAGUUGGCCCAUCGAGGCGCUCCGUGAAGUUCAAGAAACCAUCCUUGAUUUCCACGACGACUUUACUCGCAUCGCUCGCGAAGAUCCCCAGGACCCUCGAUACAUUGAUAACAACAGCAAAUGCAGAUACCACUUGCAUGAAGGAGGAUUGCUUUGUUCGGAAAAUAAAAGUCGUCAUGCUAUGAGAGCUGGAAAGAACGCCGAGAAGGCACAGAAGAGACGAGCCAGCGAUGGUAAUGCCUCUGCCGCUGGGGGCUGGGGUGAUGAUAAUAGUUCUGCAGCAGCCACUGGCGGUGGAUGGUGA